AUGUCUUAGAUGACAGGCAAUCAAGAGAAAAUGGCAGGAAUAAGUGCACAAAUCGAUGAACUUAUUCCAAAUGAUUAGGACACAAGGACCUACUGGGAGAUUGAGGAUUUAACAUCAAUAUAAAUUGCAUUACCUGAUCAGCAAGGUGCUUUAUUUAAAAUAUUGGAUGUAUUCAGAAGUCACAGUGUAAAUAUGACCAGGAUUUUAUCCAAACCUGACAAGAUGAUUGACGGUAAAAUGAUAGUCAAUUUUCAGGCUGACUUUAAUGGAAGAAUCACUGACUCUAAAGUUCAAAACAUGAUAAAGGAUUUGGAAACAGUAAGUGAAAAAGUAACUAUACUCACUACACCUGAGGUACCAUGGUUCCCAACUUAGAUAUAUGACUUUGACCAUAUUGGAAAGAGAAUUCUAGGUGCUGGAGAUGGCAUCCAGGAUACUGAUCAUCCAGGUUUCAAUGAUGCCGAAUAUAGAAAGAGAAGAGCAGAAAUUACUCAGGCAGCCCUAAAAUAUAAACUCAAAGAUGAAACUUUGCCUUUCAUUAAUUACAAUGAAAGAGAGAAGGAAGUAUGGAAAUAUUGCUAUCCAAGACUUACUAAGUUAUUUGAGACAAAUGCAUGUGAAGAGUUUAACUGGACUAUCGAAUAAUUCUAAAAGCAUGUUGGUUUCAGUUAGGACAAUAUACCUUAAUUAAAUGAUAUUUCCUAAUACCUAUAGUCAUAGACAGGCUGGAGACUCAAACCUGUUGGAGGAUUACUAACUUAGAGAGAGUUUUUAAAUGGUUUGGCCUUUAAGGUUUUCCAUAGCACAUAAUAUAUUAGACAUCAUAGUGUUCCAUUGUACACACCAGAGCCUGACAUAAUCCAUGAACUACUUGGGCAUGCACCAAUGUUUGCUCACAAGGAUUUUGCAGAUUUCUCAUAAGAGAUCGGAAUAGCUUCAUUGGGAGCGAAUGAGAGAGAUCUAAAUAAAUUAGCGGCAAUCUACUGGUUUACCAUUGAGUUUGGUAUGUGCAAAGAAAAAGGUGGUUUAAAAGCCUAUGGAGCUGGCAUUUUGAGCAGCGUUGGUGAGCUAGAGUAUUGUGUGAGUGACAAACCAAAGUAUUUGCCACUAGAUCCUUUUGAAAUCGCUUAAAAUCAUCUUGAUUAUCCAAUUAGUUCAAUGCAGCCAUUGUAUUUUGUAGCUGAAUCAUUUGCUGAAGCUAAACAGCAAAUUACCAAUUACUGUGAGUAAAUAAACAAGCCAUUUAAUGUGACAUAUGAUGUCAAAACCAACAGUGUGAUAGUUGACAGAAAGAUUAAAACUAGAAAAGAAAUCUAAAAGGGUCCUCUAUUCUGA